AUGACCAAGUCCACCACCGCCACCCGCGACAUCUACUACCGCAAGGCCAAGGAGGUGGGCUUCCGUGCUCGCUCGGCGUUCAAGCUCCUGCAGCUCAACGAACAGUUUGAGUUCCUGCAGAACGUCCAGCGCGCCGUGGAUCUGUGCGCCGCUCCUGGUAGCUGGAGUCAAGUGCUGAGUCGGACGCUCUAUAAUGGUCACUGCAACGUGCAGCAGAGUGCGGACAGACAGGACGUGGUCAUUGUCGCGGUGGAUCUCCAGGAGAUGGCGCCAAUUCCUGGCGUCCAGCUGCUGCAAGGCGAUAUCACGUCCAAGCACACGGCCGAGCAGAUCAUCAGCUGCUUCUGCGGGGCCAAAGCUCAAGUGGUGGUGAGUGACGGCGCGCCGGACGUCACGGGCGUUCAUGAUAUUGACGAGUUCGUGCAGGCCGAGCUACUGGCUGCAGCGCUGAAUAUCACGACCCACGUACUUGAAGAAGGAGGUGCUUUUGUCGCCAAGAUCUUUCGCUGCGAACAAUUCGACUUGCUGGCGAUGCAGCUUAGCGUGUUCUUCACCAGUGUGUCGUGCGCCAAGCCGAUGAGCAGCCGGGCGCAGAGCAAUGAGGCAUUUGUCGUGUGUCAAGGGUUUCGAUUGCCAGAGGACUACACGCCGGUGAUGACGUCGUCGCUGUUGCCGCGGUAUGGGCUUGCCGAGGAUGAAGAGCAUGACCCGGUGCUCGUGCCGUUUCUCGCAAGUGGAGAUUUGUCGGGAUACGACGCUAUUCAGCAGUUUUGUUGA